AUGCCAAAAGCUACUCAAAAUAUCCACGGACCUAUGAUGCCCAUCUAUUUCUUGCUUAUUCUAGGCGUUGUGACUUCGGCGCAAUGGAUCGACUACCCGGCCAACGGUUUCGCAACGAUGACCCACUAUACCUUGCCCCGAGACUAUGUCGCCGCAUGCGGCUGCACUCCUUCUAGUACGCACUACCCAACCGCUGCGUUAUCGCAGAUGGCCUUUGGGAGCAGCGCUGCGUAUGGCCCAGGCUGCGGCAGAUGCUUCAAGCUCACACUACUAAAUACCUUUCUGUCCGACCCCCCAUUCUAUCCCACCGAGUCGAAGAGCAUCACGGUCAAAAUAACAGAUCUAUGCCCCUUGGGUGGAGACUGGUGCUCCGCAACGACCAACAAGCCGAACAAGGCCGGCCUGUCACUCAAUUUCGACCUCGCAUUCCCUUCAAGCUCAAUCCCAGACGAUUUCUUUCCUUCCAAUGAAGCCUUCUACGGCUACACAGAUUUCGGUGUUUGGAAUACAAGCUACCAGGUAGUCCCAUGCAACGAGAAUUGGCCGGGCUCGAGGAAUCAGGCAGCUCUAGGCAGUGUGGCUAACCAAGGUCCAGAGAGCGUUUGUUGUCCUGCGGAACCUACUGGCAACUCCAACGACACUUGCACGUCCUAUUCUGACAAGAAUGGCCUACCACCGGACACACGCACGAAUGGCUCAGAAGCAAUAUAUACCCCCAGACUCUUAUUGUAUCGCGUUUUGUUAUUGUCUUUGCUAUAUCUACUUACUUGCAUUAUGUCUGUAUAA